CAAAAUUUUCUGGAUUAAUUUUAUUUUGGGUAAAUUACUUGAAAUAUCGUCAUGUCGUCGCAGCCGAGCGCAUGUUUAGAUUGCCAAGCUGAGUUUGGACCAAAAUUUAAGUGCAUAAACUGCAACUUCUGUGAAAACUCAUUCUGCCUGAAGUGUUCUAAAUUGAAGUCAUCUCUAUUCAAUGACAUAGGGAAGGAAUCUAGUGUUCUCUGGCAUUGCUCGCAUUGCAGGAUAGCCAUGCCGACAGCCACUAGAAUCAUGGCAAAACUCUCGGACAUGGAAAUUAGAAUGGAGAACCUUGAGAAAGAAACAAAUGGAUGUGAUAAGGAAAUGAUUAGACAAGUGCUUAAUGAGAUGAAGUUUGAAGAAAAAGAGAUUGAGGAGAAGAAAUUAAAUAUUGUGAUCCAUCAACUGAAGGAAAGUGAAAAGAAAGAAGAAGACCUGGACACUGUGUUGGACAUCCUUAAUGGUACGUUAAACUUGGGGAUUGAAGUUGAAAAUGUAGUGAGACUGGGGAAGAUGUCAGAGGAUAGGGACAAACCCAGACCUGUUAGAUUUACUGUCGGAGAUUUUGAUGUAAAGAGGAAAGUACUGAGCAGAGCUAGUGGGCUUAAAAACAAUGAGAAAUACUCAAGAGUCUUUAUCACGCCUGACCUUACUCAAGUGCAGAGGAAGGAAGCGUUUCAUUUGCGACAAGAAAAGAGAAGACGGGAAAAAGAAGGAGAGAGGAAUUUGGCGAUAAGAAAGGGGAGAAUUGUGAAGUUGCCUGGCAGAGAUCACAGUUAUUCUGCAAGUCAGGGUGGUAGAAUCUUUCCCCCCUCCCAGUCUGGGAGAGGCGGGGGUGGCGGACAAUGAC